CCUCAUCUCUGGAAGGAGAGCUUCCCUGAGAGAAUUGCACAAUGAACUGGAGGCCAGCUCUCAGCUUAGCCCUGCUGUGGGCAGUGUGGCUAGUGUGUGGCUCUGAGAAAACAGGGAGGCUAGCAGAGAGAGUGAGACAUGGAAUAAGAAAAGUGCCGCUGGCUUAUAAGGCUCCAAGCAGUCUCAUGAGAAGGUCUGAAGAAUCCUUGAGGAAUUCAAACCCAAAUCUCCAACACCCUGUCACCAAGAGGGAUUCUUCAGCACCUCCAAAGGCACCUGCCAAUCUCGGGCAUGGAGAAGCACGUUCCCAGGCCAGGGGCAUAGGGACCAGAAUGAGACGAGUACAGAGACUCACAGCUGCAGCCAAAUACUCCAAGUCUGAAAUGAUUAAGGAUGAAGGAAUAUCUUCUGCCUCACAGUCACGAGCAGUACGCUUCCCUUCAGGGUCAAGUUCCCCCAAUGUCCUGGCCAGCUUUGCUGGGAAAAAUCGGGUAUGGGUCAUUUCUGCCCCCCAUGCCUCUGAGGGUUAUUACCGGCUCAUGAUGAGCCUGCUGAAAAACGAUGUUUACUGUGAACUUGCUGAGAGGCACAUCCAGCAGAUUGUGUUGUUCCACGAAGAAGGGGAAGAAGGAGGAAAAGUCAGAAGGAUAACCAAUGAAGGAAAAAUCCUGGAGCAGCCACUGGAUCCUGCCCUCAUCCCUAAGCUCAUGAGCUUUCUGAAACUGGAGAAGGGGAAAUUUGGGAUGGUGCUGCUGAAGAAAACUCUGCAGGUGGAGGAAAGGUACCCUUACCCAGUCAGGCUAGAGGCCAUGUAUGAAAUCAUUGAUCAAAACCCCAUCAGAAAGAUUGAGAAGAUGAGGCAGAAGGGCUUCAUCCAGACUUGCAAAGCAGCUGGAGUGGAGGGACAAGUUGUUGAGGAAGGCAAUAAUGGGGGCAGCACCCAGCCUACACCUGGUGGUGGACAUGUCCAGGUGUCAACAAGGAAGGAGGAGCCCAGGAAGAGCCACAAUCAGCCAACAAGGACCAAACUAGUGAGGAAACCAAUGACAACCACAGUGGCCACUCCCCUACCUACAGUAAAGGCUACUACCUUCCCUCCCACUUCCACAACUACCCAUGCCACCACCCGUGCAGUGACAACAGCAAUCCGAUCUACAACCACCACCACACCCCUCCCCACCACACAGAGAACCUGGACCACAAAAUCACAUUCUACCACAGAGUACCACAGGCUGCCAGUAGCCCCUGAUGCCACCACACCACGAAUCACAGCUUCUGAGAAUUUCUACUCUCCUGUGUGGAAGGCAAGCCGCAAGGACCGGCAGCGUGGCCACCCAGAGAAACACCCAGUGGCCACACGGAAACCAAGCAAAGCUGCUGCCCGCUAUGACAGCUUCACAGAAGUCCCAACAGCUCCCUCAGUGCAUCACACAAAGGCAAAUGUGGGUAGAUUUAAAGAUAACAGAACAGACAGGAAGGACUAUAACCAUAGAGACCUAAAUGUCACACCAGGGCAACAGAAAGCAACUAAGACUAAACCAGUGAAAAAGAAGGCCCAAGAAAAGAUACUGAGCAAUGAAUAUGAAGAUAAAUACGACCCGAGUAAGCCUGCCAGUUCCCAUUUAGAGGAAGAGUUUGCAGUGAGAAAUAUUCCUUCAAAGAAAGGAAAAGAAUCAAAGAAGCAUGAGCGAAUAGAUAAGCCUGAGAAGAAGAAGAAGAAGGACAGACCUGACAAGCUGCAGAGGAGUGAGAAGCAGUCCAAGAAGGACAAAGCUGAGAAAAAGAGCAAGCAGGACAAAGACCGUAGCAAGAAGAACAAGAAGGGGAGCAGGACUGAAAAUGAGGAUUUCCCCAAGCCGAAUAAGAAGCCUUUCCUACAGCCUCCCAGGAAGUUGGUGACCGACCUCCUGGAAUACUUUGAAGGCAAAAGGCGACUCAUUCUGAUCACAACCCCCAAGGCGGACAACAACAUGUACGUACAGCAGCGAGACGAGUAUCUGGAGAGUUUCUGCAAGAUGGCAACAAGGAAGAUAUCAGUCAUCACGAUUUUUGGCACCAUGAACAACAGCAGCAUGAAAAUUGACCACUUCCAGCUAGACAAUGAAAAGCCCAUGAAAGUGAUAGAGGAUGAAGAUCUUGUGGAUCAACAGCUCAUCAGUGAGUUGAGGAAAGAAUAUGGAAUGACCUACAAUGACUUCUUCAUGGUGCUUACAGACACAGACAUGAAGGUCAAGCAAUACUAUGAAGUACCCAUAGCUAUGAAGUCUGUGUUUGAUUUGAUCGACACCUUCCAGUCACGAAUUAAAGACAUGGAAAGACAGAAAAAAGAGGGCAUUGUCUGCAAAGAAGAUAAGAAGCAAUCCCUUGAGAGCUUCUUAUCCAGGUUCCGAUGGAGAAGGCGGUUGGUGGUGAUCUCUGCUCCCAGUGAUGAGGACUGGGCUUAUUCCCAGCAGCUUGCUGCUCUCAGCGGACAAGCCUGCAAUUUUGGUCUGCGCCAUAUAACUAUCCUCAAAUUGCUAGGACUUGGAGAAGAUAUUGGAGGUGUCUUAGAGUUGUAUCCAAUUAAUGGAAGCUCCACUGUAGACCGAGAAGAUAUCCCAGCUAAUUUGGUGAAAGAUAUCAGAAACUAUUUCCAAAUUAGCCCAGAAUAUUUCUCCAUGCUUCUGGUUGGGAAAGAUGGAAAUGUCAAAUCCUGGUAUCCUUCUCCGAUGUGGUCUAUGGCGAUUGUGUAUGAUCUGAUUGAUUCCAUGCAGCUUCGGCGACAGGAAAUGACAAUUCAGCAAUCUCUUGGCAUGCAAUGCCCCGAUGAUGAGUAUGGUGGGUAUGGGUACCAUAGCUAUCACCAAGGAUACCAGGAAGGUUACCAAGAUGACUACCGUCACCAUGGAAGUUACCACCAUGGAUAUCCAUAUUGA